CCGCGCCCUUGUUUUGUUGCCUUGUUCAUCUCAACAACCUUUUCCCUUCCCGUCCCAACCGCCGACUUGCCUCGCGCCGCCGGCCCGCCGCCGCCCAUCUGCCCCCCCGGCCGUCUUCCUCUUCUGAAGUGGGAAAGAAAAGGGAGAGAGUAAACGAGGCCUGCCGCCUGCGCCGCGCUGCGCCCCAGAGUAUGCUCUUCUAGCACUUGGAUAUUUGGAUGGAUGAUGUUUAUGGACGUAUAGAGGUCUUCCCACAAUACUUUAUGCCAUCAAAAGAAGCUAUGGACAGUCCUGAUGGUCUAUCCACAAGUAAGAAUAACCUGGAUACUUCACCAAGCUCACGUGGACGUUCCUGGACUCCUAAACGAGCUAAGGGAGCUGCAUCUAUUUUGCGUUUGUUGUCCAUUCCCCGCUUCAGAUGGUCGGCAAGCAAUGAUGAUGAGGACAAGAUUGAAUUGUCCAGAGCUGAAGUGGAGUCAUUACGAACUGAAAUAGCGGAUGCUGAGGAAAGAGAAUCCCACUUAAAAGCUCGGUUGGAAAAUAUCGAUGAAGUUUUAAGAUAUGCUCGUCUUUCUGGCUAUCUCUACAUUAGAAGUCGAUGGACCCAACUUCCUGGGGAGCCACCUAUCUUAGAUGAUGCUGAUGUGGAUGACUGGCUUCCUCGAUUUGUUGUUCUGCAAGGGCAGUGUGUGUACUAUUAUCUCAAAUCUACAGAUUUGAGCCCACAAGAGUCUACACUGUUAUGUGACAUUGUUGAAGUAGGGAGGCUCCCAAACUUUGUGCCAGAAGAUGAAAAGACAAGAUACGCGUUUUACCUGUUGAGCCGUCAAGGCUUGAAGUUUGAAUGCUCCAGUACCUCCGAAAUUCAGGUUGAUUCAUGGGUGAGAGCACUAAAAAGCGAUUGCAAAUUGCGGGGCGGUGCUGCUGGUGAGGACGAGACGAAGACGAAGAGUAGCCAGCUAGAAGAUGGGUCGUCAUGGUGAUCGAUCGGACACGGGUUCGGGUUUCCCAGCCAAGGAUGCUCUGCUCGCCGGAUGUAUGUACAUUACAGCAGAGUAAUUGGCUCGUGCUGGUAGCAAAAACCUUUUGUGUUACUUUUUUUGUUAAAAAAGUCCUUCCGUUGACCGAGAAUUACUGAACGUGUAUAAAAUACUCCUUGUACAUACAUACACGUAUACAUGUAAGGGAAGCAGCAUAUAUAGAGAGGUGCGACACAGCAGGGCAUGCAUGUGUAGAUUUCCUUGCUCAUCAUAUGAAAUUCUUUCGGCACGUGUUAUUUUGUACGGCACGAUUGCGUCGGCCGUUUGGUAGACCGUAAAGACACGUGAAAACUCAUGUAAAGAAAGUAAUAAUUCUAUUGGUCAA